CCGGUGGGACCUAGCCACCCUGGGAACAGCCCCUCCUGGGAAAGGGGCAGGCCGCACGGCCCAAAGGAAGGGGCGUGGCUUAAGAGAGUGGCCACGGCUGGACUUUUAAGAGUCAGAUGUCACCGAAGUGUGAGGGGCGUGGCAAAUGGACGAGGUAGCGGGAGGGGCGGACCCAGGUGGAGGGCAAGUUUCCAGACUGGAGAACAGGGACAGAGGCUCCAGGGGGGAACUUCUGGCGGAUAGCAGGAGCGAACUCGUGAGCAGAGUCUUGCUGGAAAAUGGAGAACAGCCAGAAAUCUCUGCUGAGAAAAGAAGCCCUGUGCAUCUCAAAGCAGUUCCUUCACAGCCUGUUUGGGAAUCCACAGUGAACCAACGUACACCCCUCUCACCCUCUCUGCUGGGAGCUGGUGUUUAGGUUCCUGCAAGUUACUUUGCAACUGAUGAAGAUUUCAAGCUAAAGAUGAUGGUGAUAAAGAGCCUGAAGGUCACUCUUCAAGCAGCUCCCUGCAAGUCUCUGUGUAAAAGGUUCCUGGUUCCCAGGUCCGUGAACCAAGUUCCUCCAGUCUCUAUACCUGCACCUAAGAACCCGAAACUGAUCCUGGUUUUAGGUUCCUGCUCAUUAUUUGGCAGCUGAUCAGGAUUUCAAGCUGAAGAUGCUGCUGCUGAAUAGCCUGAGAGUCAUUCUUCCAGUGUCCCCCUGCAAAUGGCUGUGGAGGAGGGUUCCAGUUCCCAGGUCCAUGCCAGUGAGGCCCUGCAGUCUCUAUACCUGCACCUAUAAAACCCGGAACAGAGCCUUGCAUCCUCUCUGGGAAAGCAUGGACCUUGUUCCGGCAGGUGAUCGACAGUCACCCAUUAACAUCCGGUGGAAGGACAGCAUUUAUGAUCCUGGCUUAAAACCACUCACCAUCUCUUAUGACCCAACCACCUGCCUGCACAUCUGGAAUAAUGGAUACUCUUUCCUUGUGGAAUUUGAAGAUUCUACAGAUAGAUCAGUGAUUGAGGGAGGACCGCUGGAACACAACUACCGACUGAAGCAGUUCCAUUUUCACUGGGGGGCCAUUGAUGCCUGGGGUUCCGAGCACACUGUGGACAGCAAAUGCUACCCAGCAGAGCUGCACUUGGUGCAUUGGAAUGCAGUCAAAUUUGAAAGCUUUGAGGAUGCAGCACUGGAAGAAAAUGGUUUGGCUGUGAUAGGAGUAUUUUUAAAGCUAGGCCAACAUCAUAAAGAGCUACAGAAAUUGGUGGAUACUUUGCCAUCCAUUAAGCAUAAGGACACCCUUGUGGAAUUUGGGUCCUUUGACCCUGCCUGCCUGAUGCCCGUCUGCCCUGAUUACUGGACCUACUCAGGGUCUCUGACUACCCCACCUCUCUCAGAAUCUGUCACCUGGAUCAUUAAGAAGCAGCCAGUAGAAGUUGAUCACAAUCAGCUUGAGCAAUUUCGGGCCCUGCUCUUCACUUCUGAGGGGGAAAAAGAGAAAAAAAUGGUGGACAACUUCCGCCCCCUUCAGCCCCUGAUGAAUCGCACCGUCCGCUCAUCCUUCCGCCACGAUUAUGUGCUGAAUAUACAAGCGAAACCCAAGCCGUUGGCCAGCCAAGAUGUCCAUACUUAGACAAUAUUUUGCUUAUUUUAGCUUUUUAAAAAACUGUUAACUAGACUAUUUUAAAUACCGGCACUAAUAAUAUUUAUAGGUAUAUAUUUCUUUUCUUGACAUUUCCAAGUCACUAUCCUUGUAAGGCAGGAAUAGGGAGACAGAACAAUAGGAAAAUAGCUAAGUGGUUACCAUCAGGCUACUUUAGGUGACCAUUUGUGAGGAUUAAGGCAGAGGGAAUUUCAUGCCUACUGCCAGUUGAGACUGGCCUGUUUGGGAAAUUAGGCUGUCGUCUCUCUAAUCUUGCUUCCUGAGAAGGUCAGAUAAAUAAUUUAGUUUCUGUUUGGUGAAGUGGAACUUUAUUUAGUGUGAGUGAUUCCAUUUGGCUGGUCCACUGCAGCCUAGUACAGCAGCUUAGUUCAAAACAAUGGCUUUCUGUAAUUUUUAUUUAACAAUUUUCCAUUUUUGGUCAGACUCUCGUGGCCUUAGGGCCUUAGUGCUACUCUUAGUUACUAUCAUUUCGAGGUUCAGGUAUUAACAUGCCAUUCAUAGGUUAGAUGUGCAUUUAUUGGCAUGAAAGUGCUUUAUCAGUCUUUGAGAAAUCUAUUUGGUAAACAGAUUCUUUGUUUGAUAAUAGUAUUUAUCACUAAAAUACCAACAAGGGAUACAAGUUUCUUUUAAAGCAACCUAUUGGUAAUUGUAAUGUCUUUUUAUGUAUGACAUUUUUAAACUGCCUUUUUAUAUUUAUCAAUCAAUGGUUCUAUAGAGUUAUAAGUACGGAUUAUAUUCAAAAUGUUUAAUAAAUGGUAGCAGCAGAGACACUGACCACACAGAACAGAGGCCUUUUAGAAAUGGCCACAGGGCCCAGACUGGUCCUUUCUGGCUGCAUAAUGACCAUGAAGGGCCGGGGGUUUAGCUCAGUGGCGCCACCACCUUCCUCGAAAGUGCAAGGUCCUGAGUUCGAUCCCUGGUACCAAAAAAAAAAAUGAUCAUGGUAUUAAGUAUACUUUGUUUCAAAGUGGGAAUGUAUAUUCUUUUACUAGGGCUUCUCAACAAAUAUGUUUGUUCCACUUUUUAGUUGACAUAACUAAUACAUGAUAUGCUUACUUAUUACCAAUUUAUGAUAUAGAAAAAUAUAUUUUGUAAUCAUGAGACAACAAGGAUUUUACUAUAUCUGGAAAUCCUCUUACAUUUCUGAAGAUCAGAUAUUUUACUUAAUGCCUUCAUCAUAUAGAAAAUAUGUGCAGAAUAUUUUAAAGAAAAUGCUUAGGGCCGCAGAUUUAGCUCAGUGGUACCAUGCUUGCCUGGCAAGCACAAGAUCCUGAGUUCAAUUCCUGGUACCGAAAAGAAAAUGCUUCAAAUGCCUAGAACAGAAUUCUUUCAUGGUACAUUUAAAGAAAUAUUCUUUAAUUGACUAGUAAUCUAAAAGUCUACAUUUAUAGUAUUAAUUUGCACACUGUUAUAUAGAAUAUAUUUAAAAAAUAGAAUAUAUUGGUAAUAUUUCCACAAUGACAGGCAAUCAUAGCUUCCCUGUGAAACUAAAUAAACUUGGGGUAGGGCUAUACCUCGGUGGCAGAGCACCUGCCUAGCAUGUAUGAUAUUUUGAGUUCAAUCCCCAGGACUGCCAGAAAUGAAACUAUCUGAACUUUAUUUUAUCUUCUCAUUACUCAAGGUUUUUUGUAGGGUGUGUCAAUUAGCUUUUCAUUGCAGUAACAAAGCACCUGAAAGCAACAACUUAAAGGAGGAAAGAUUUGUUUUGGCUCACGGUUUCAGAAGUUUCAGUGCAUGGUCAGCCAGUUCCAUUGCUUCAGGCCUGUGGUGAGGCAGAAACACUAUGGUGAAUGGGGGUGGUGGUGGAAAGUUGCUCAGCUUAUGGCAGCCAAGAUACAGAAAAAGAGGGAAAGAGCCUGUGCUGGAGAGCUUUCUCCUUCUUCUGAUUUUAUUCUAUCCAGGCCCACAGCCCAUGGAUGGUGCCACUCAUAUUCAUGUCCCACGUGGCAACUGUCUCUGGGAAUACUAUCACAGAUUCACCUAGAAGUGUGCUUUACUAAUUUUCUAGGCAUCUCUCAAUCCAAUCAAGUUGACAACCAAGAUUAACCAUCACAUAAGGCAAGUGGUCAACUUAAGUCUCCCAAUUUAUACAGUGGUUUAGAAGACUUUUGUUAUUAGUUACAAGAAGAGAAUCUUGUCAGAUUCGCUGAAAUCUAAAAUCUAGAUAAUUCACAUGUUUUGGGGAAUCGGUGCUACUGUUAGGUUUCCUUAUAUGUAUCUUAGAAUGUUUGCAACUAUCUCUAAGAUUGUGUUCAGAUAUAACACUUCAUCAAAAACUAGAAGAAUCUUAUUAAUAUGCUGGUCAUCUACUCUACAAGAUUGGAUUGGAUGAACACUACUGAACUGUAUGUACACUUAAGGACGAUUCAGAUGGAAAUGGGAAUACCUCAAAUUUCAAACUUCUGCUUGUCAAAGAAAGCAGUCAACAAAGUGAAAAGGCAACCUAGAGAAUGGGAGAAAA